AUGCAAGACUAUGGAAAAGAACCAUUGGUAACACUUGAGAAGGCACUCGAAAAACUUCGAUCUUCGAUAGAUAACUAUGAGAUAAUUUCGUCGACAGCAAAGAGUCUAAUGCAUUAUCCAAAACAUGGUCUUACUCAUGAUGAAGCAACCGCUAUAUAUCUUUAUACAAUUUGGCUUCUAAAAGAAGAUCAAACUAUCCCUAGCCAACUGAAUAAAAGACUUCGCUCUGGAGAACGAGACCAACUGAACGCAUGGUAUUCUUAUCUUUAUCUCCUUGUGGUUGCUUUAAAUAAAUUACCAUCUAUGAAAGGUGCAAUUUGGCGCUAUGGUAGAGGUGAUAUGACUGAUGAUUAUCAAAAAGAUUGUGUCUGGUUAGGAUUUAGCUCAUGUGUAGGCCCUAAUUCCACCGUUAGGAAUCUUAAUGAAGACUAUGUGUACACUAUUUUCGAAAUAACAUGCAUUAAUGGUAAAGCGAUUUUCAAUUAUUCUGAGUUUCCAGAACAGGAUGAAGUUAUUUUGAUGCCUGGUACACGUUUGCGAGUAACGAGGAAAGAAGAUCUAACGAAUAGGCUUAAAAAAAUUUACUUACAAGAAGAUGAAAAUCAGCCAUUGGCUAAACCUUCGACUUCGUCAUUGUCCAUAGACAGAACAUAUUGGAUAGAACAAGACUUUAAAAUGAUUACAACUCAACCAAACGGUGAAAUUAAAUCAUUAAAACCAUCUAUCACUGAAAAAUCACCGUCCAUGAAAUUCACAACUGAGCCUCAAAUUUCUCAGUUGAGCAUGUCUCCUAUCAACACAAACAGACUCAAUGAUACACGUAAGGAGAUAAUAUUCACAACAUCGAAUGAUCAACUUAUUGAAAAAGAGAAUGAUUAUUCUGUUUCAGAAAAGUCUUGGCUUGAUUGUCAGUAUCAUGAUAAAAACAACCAAUCUAUUAUGACUCCUGAAGAUCUAGAGACAAAAUUAGAAGAUCCUCCUACAAUUAUUGAUCCUACUAUAUUAAAUCAUGUGAAAGGAUCGAUGUUUGGUAUGGCCUUGGGCGAUGCACUGGGAGCUCAUGUUGAAUUUCGACCACGGCAAUACUUGAUAGAACAUCCGGUACAAGAUCUUCAAGAAGGAGGAACUUGGGGUCUCAAAAAAGGACAAUUCACUGACGAUACUUCCAUGGCUCUUUGUCUAGCAAGUUCAUUAAUAUGUCGUCGAGAUUUUGUACCUUAUGAUCAACUAGUCCGGUACAAGUGGUGGUACAGACAUGGCUACAUGUCUUCGACUGGACAAUGCUUCGAUAUUGGUAGUGCCACCAGUCAGUCACUGCGCGAAUUUGAACGUCGUCAACGAUUAUUUGCCAGUGAAUAUCAAAUUCCUCUUGAUCAAUUAGAUUUUCUGGCUGAUGAAAAUCUUAUCAAUAAAUUUCACGUACAUUGUAGUGAAGUCGGAGUAGCUGGUAAUGGAGCAUUAAUGCGAUUAGCUCCUGUUCCUCUCUUCUUCUAUCGGAAUCCUGUAGAAGCAGUUGAGUACUCUGGAAUUAGUGGUGUGAUUACUCAUGGUGACCAGAAGGUGUAUGAUUCUUGUCGCUACUAUGGGGCUUUAAUUGUGGCUGCUCUUCAAGGUGAAACAAAAGAACAGAUUUUGGAUGAUAACUUUUAUUUGAAACAUGAAGCAUGGUUCAGUAAUAAGGCACUCACACACGAAGUUAUGAGUGUUGCAAAAGGAUCGUACAAGAAGCCUAAAGGAUAUAAUGAUGGCAUUCGAGGCAAAGGAUACAUUGUUAGUGCUCUUGAAGCUGCCUUAUGGGCUUUUUGUUACGAUGAAAAUUCUUUUGAAAAAGGAGUUCUUGACGCAAUCAAUCUUGGAGAUGAUACUGACACAACUGCUGCUAUUUAUGGUCAAUUGGCUGGUGUCUACUACGGCUAUGACAAGCUACCCGAUAGAUGGAUUAAACAGGUCUAUGCGCAUAAUUUUAUUACAUGUUUAAGCAAGUGGAUUGUUUAUGAAGGAUUUUUGUGGAAACCAAAGCAUUCUGUGUCGAGUGAACUAGAAUGGACUUCUCAAUCUCAUUCAAAUUUUUCUUCCUAA